AUGGGUCUCCAAAUAUAUGACUUUGUCUCCUUCUUCUUCACCAUCCUCCUCGACAUCUUCUUUAGAGAGAUCCGUCCCCGAGGUGCACACAAGAUCCCCCAAAAGGGUCCCGUCAUCUUUGUCGCCGCCCCUCAUGCUAACCAGUUUGUUGACCCCCUUGUGCUGAUGCGCGAAUGCGGUCGCAGGGUCUCCUUCCUUGCUGCCAAAAAGUCCAUGGAUAGACGCUGGAUCGGAGCUGGGGCUCGGUCAAUGAAUUCCAUUCCCGUCGAACGCCCUCAGGAUCUCGCCAAAGCCGGCUCUGGAACAAUCAAGCUGCAGGAUCGUUAUGGCGCCCCACUCCGCAUCAUUGGACUGGGUACCAAAUUCACAAAGGAACUCCUUGUCGGCGACCAGAUCUCCCUGCCAAAGGAUGUUGGUACCUCUGCUGUUGUUGAGAUUAUCUCCGAUACCGAGUUGAUUGUCAAGAAGGAAUUCAAGGACCUUAAGGCGCUCGAGUUGUUGACCAACCCGGAGGGUUCCAAGUACAAGUGCCUUCCUCACAUGGACCAGUCUAAUGUCUACAAGACCGUCUUUGAACGCCUGAACGCCGGACACUGCGUGGGUAUUUUCCCUGAGGGAGGUUCCCACGACCGUGCGGAGAUGUUACCCUUAAAAGCUGGCGUGACGAUUAUGGCUUUGGGAGCGCUGGCCGCUAACCCUUCGUUGGAUCUCAAGAUUGUUACCUGCGGAUUGAACUACUUCCACCCUCACCGUUUCCGCUCGCGCGCUGUUGUCGAAUUUGGCGAACCCAUAACUGUUCCCCCUGAGUUGGUUGAGAUGUACAAGAGAGGUGGCCCCGAAAAGCGUGAGGCCUGUGGAAAGCUCCUAGAUACUAUCUACGAGGCUCUCCGUGGAGUUACUCUCAAUGCCCCCGACUAUGAAACUCUUAUGGUUAUCCAAGCUGCCCGACGUCUGUACAAACCCACCCACCGCAAGCUCCAGAUCUCUCAAGUUGUCGAAUUGAACCGUCGUUUCGUUGCUGGAUACAUGCACUUCAAGGACAACCCGAAAGUUAUCGAGGCCAAGGACAAGGUCAUGCACUACAACACUCAGCUUCGUUACCAUGGACUCCGCGACCACCAAGUCAACAUUCGCUUCACUAGAAGACACGCCAUCGGAAUGCUCCUAUCCAGACUCGCCCAAAUGAUCUUUAUGAGCUGCCUGGCUCUUCCUGGAACUCUUAUGAACCUCCCUGUCGCCAUCGUCGCCCGCGUCAUUAGUAACAAGAAAGCCAAGGAGGCGUUGGCCGCUUCGACUGUCAAGAUUGCAGGAAGGGAUGUAUUGGCUACAUGGAAGCUGUUGGUCGCAUUAGGAUUGAUGCCUGUGCUCUACUUUUCGUACUCGGUGAUGGUCUUUAUUUAUUGCGGCCGGUUCGACCUGGCCCUCAAGCCUCGUCUUUUGAUUGCCUGGGCUGCCUGGGCUCUUAUCCCCUUUGUCACCUAUGCCAGUAUCCGCUUCGGCGAGGUGGGAAUUGACAUCUUCAAGUCGAUCCGCCCCUUGUUCUUGUCUAUCAUCCCCGGCGAAGAGAACACCAUCGACGAGCUUCGCAGGGCCCGCUCUGAACUCCAGAAGACCAUCACUGACCUGAUCAAUGAGCUGGCCCCAGAGAUAUAUCCCGACUUCGAUUCAACCCGUAUCCUCGACCCCAAGCCCAACGACCGCCCCAGCCGCUCAGCAUCUGGAACCAACCUUGCUCAAACUAUUUUCAAUACUGCUGCUCAGCCUCUCAGCCAGUGGCUGGGCAAGGAUGGUCGCUUUGAUUGGGAGCGUACAGAGGACUCGGAUGCGGACGACGUGUUUUUCUUCUUGAACCCUACAGGAGGAAUUCAGGGACGCUCCCGGGCAAAUUCCUGGGGAGGUGCGUAUACACCAUCAGCCGAUGGAUCGCGCUCAAGGAACCGUAGCAGGACAAGCAGUUUUACAUCGGGACAGAUUCAGCUAGGUGAGGGGUUCAAGCUCGAGGCAUUAACUGAAUUGCCCCGGGACAAGCCUUUUGCUGAGGUGACACGCCGCUUGAGUGUCAGCCGGAAGCACCGCCAUGGAUUGGAGGGCAUGACUCGUUCAGAUACGGAGGAGAAUGAGGGGGGUCAAGGACAUGCCACUUACGGUGGAGUCUCGACGCCACCUAUUUCUAUCAGCCAGCAUGCGGAUGAUUAUGUCGCCUCCAAGACCAAGGAUGUAUAA